AUGCCACCACAGCAGGGCAAUGCAAAUUUUAACAGCCAUAAUUUGAUUCCUUGUGACAUCUGUGGAAGACGUUUUGUACAGGAUGCUCUGUUGAGGCAUGAGCCAAUAUGCAGAAAAGUUUUCAACAAAAAGCGUAAGCCAUUCAAUUCCUUAAAACAACGACUACAAGGAAGUGAAAUUCCAACAGUAAAGAGGAAGCCACCACCAAAGAACCAAGAGAAAAAAUCUAACUGGAGACAACAGCAUGAGAAUUUCAUUACUACAAUCCGAGCUGCCAAACUUGCCACUAUAGCCAUGAAAGAAGGCCGGCCCCUGCCACCACCACCACCUCCAACCAUUAAUCCAGAUUAUAUUCAGUGCCCUUACUGCAUGAGAAGGUUUAAUGAGACUGCUGCAGAAAGGCACAUCAAUUUCUGCAAAGAACAAGCAGCCAGGCAUGCCUUUGCACCAGGCCAGAAGGGAGCCAAAAAGGGACCUGGAAAACAAACAACUUCCAAAAAAGAACCAACUUUAACAAGUGCUGUGGGAACUCUGCUCCAGAACAGGCCACAAGAGGGCACCAAUCCAAGCCAAUCUGAAAUAGGAUAUGCUGCAGAACCUUCUGCUGGACCAGCACAGAAAAAAACACCUAUUCCUUAUGGGAAAGGGGCUGGGGUUCCAGCACAGGGCAGAAAAUAGGACUGCAUGUUUUGUAUGGCAGCAAAGUACUGUACUUUUUGUAGUACUGUAACUGGAGGAGCCCUGCGCAAAUGAAAUCCAGCAUUUCAAAAAGCUUGAAUGAUGGAUCACAAUAAUAAAGAAUGAAAGAUCA